AACCGACGGCUGAUAGUUCAUUGUGUUUUUUUUGUUAUCAUGUCCCGCGUUGCAUCCACUGCCUUCAAGGUGCUCGUCUCGCAUCCAAAUGUUCCCUCACCCGCACUGGAGCUCCUCAGAUCCCGCGGAGCGGAGACCAUUGUGUGCCAGAGUGUGCCGCCGUCGCGGGAGGAGAUCCUGAAGAAGGUACCCGGUGUCGAUGCCAUCUUUUGGGCUCACUAUCAGCCCCUGAAUGCCGGCAUUCUGGAUGCAGCUGGACCCCAGUUGAGAUGCGUUAGCACCAUGUCAUCGGGCAUUGAUUAUGUGGAUGUGCCGGAGUUUAAACAACGACAAAUCCCCUUGGGACACACUCCGGGUGUGGUGAAGAAUUCCGUGGCUGAUCUGGCCAUUGGUUUGAUGAUUGCAGCCGGACGUCAUUUCCAUGCUGGGCGUACCGAAAUCGAGAGAUCCCAAUGGAGAACAGAGCAGAUUAACUGGAUGAUGGGUCAGGAGAUCCGAGACUCUGUGAUAGGUUUCUUUGGUUUUGGAGGUAUUAGUCAGGCAAUUGCCAAGCGCUUGCAGUGCUGGGAUGUUUCCAAGAUCCUUUACCAUACCAGAACCCGAAAGGAAAACGAUGGAGACUUCAAGGCACAGCACGUGUCCUUUGAAACCCUGCUAAAGGAAAGCGAUUUCCUGGUGGUGGCUGCUCCACUCACCAACGAAACAAGGGAAAAGUUUAAUGCUCAGGCCUUUUCCCAGAUGAAGAAGUCCUCCGUGUUUGUCAAUGUAGCAAGGGGCGGACUCGUUAAUCAACCGGAUCUGCAUGAGGCCCUGGCCAGUGGAAAGAUAUUUGCUGCCGGCUUGGAUGUUACCACUCCUGAACCACUGCCAGCGGACAACCCACUCCUUAAACUGCCUAAUUGCGUUAUCCUACCCCAUAUAGGUACGCAGACCAUGAAGACCACCAUUGAGAUGAGUCUCUUGGCUGCCAACAACAUUCUUAAUGCCAUGGAGGGAAAGCCCAUGAUAAAGCCUGCCUUCUGAUUUUAUUUCAAAAGAAAGCAUACAUAUUUUUUAAAACUAUUAUGUAAU